AUGCCGUCAAUCCUCAGUGAUGCCGACAAGGAAACCGUCAAGAGGACCGUCCCGAAGCCGGCGAAUAAGAUACUCGCCGUGGCUGUCGCACGACUGUACGUCGCCUAUCCAGAUCCCCACAGAUGGACGUACACGGGUCUGCAGGGUGCUGCAGUUCUUGCCAAUGAUCUAGUGGGGCACACGUUUUGGCUAAAGAUGGUUGAUGUGUCGCCUGCUGCAAGGGGCGUCAUUUGGGACCAAGAGAUCUACGAGGAUUUCCCCUAUCACCAAGACCGUACUUUCUUCCACACAUUCGAGCUGGAAGAGUGUCCUGCUGGUCUGUCUUUCGCCGACGAGAAGGAAGCCAAGACUUUUAUCAAGAAGCUACAUGAGAGGGAGAAACAUGCUAGCAAGGAAACCAGGGCGACGCCUUUCGCAUCAACUCGUGGCCAGGGACCAGCACCUGUCUCUAACGGCAAGAGUCAUGGACGAUCGCUAUUCGGGAGCCUGCUACACCCCCAUCGGUCAGCAUCAGGCGCUUCGGCUUCUGCAGAACCCCCUGUACAUUCCCCCCAGCAUACUCCCCCACCUCCUAGCAUUCCAUCGCAGAAGGCUUCACUUUUUGACACCGACGAUCCAUCAUGGAACGAACUGCUAGAUGAACUCAAGCAGAUGGGCAUCACGGAAGAACAAAUUGCACAGAAUGAGGAGUUCAUUAAGUCGUAUAUUGCACAGAAGAAAAGCAAAAGCAAAAGCAACGGAGUUGAUACAGCAUCAGAAUCUCCAUCUUCCGACGAACACAAGAGACCUAAGGCUCCUCCGCCUCCCCCACCCUCCGCUCCUGCUUCCAAAGUGCAUACGAUCAGCCCUCAGAAUACCGGUGGUAGUCGGCGAGGAGCUCCUCCGCCUCCACCUCCCUCACGAAGGACCCGUCCUGAAGGCCAGGAAGACUCUGCUUCUCCCGUUGAGACACCACCACAGCCAAGAUUCCGUGCACCUCCUCCUAUUGCAGAUGCCGGCAAAUUCGCUCAUACUGCUGCUCCCGUACCCCCUCCGCGGCAACGUGCUUUCUCAGGGACCCAUACCGGCCCUGCUGCUCCUCCACGGCCCCCGAAGACACCAAUGGAUGAUAAUGGACCUAGAUAUGGGGUUCCCCCACCGUUCACCGGGGUGAGAAAGACGCAGACACCCCCAGCUCCACCAAGUCGAAGCACUGCACCUGGGGCUCCUCCUCCACCUCCGCCUCGGGCAAGUCCUGUACCACCACCUCCCCAGCUGCCUCCAAAGGUUCCCACCGUGUCUCCUCCAUCCGCUCCACCUCCACCUCCCAGGAGCGUAUCCUCGCCCCCUCUUCCUCCUCCGCCUCCUGUUUCUCGUCCGCCUCCUGCUACCAGUGUCCCGCCAUCGCCUCCUCCCCCACCGCCCUCUUCUCAACCACCGUCUACUAGUGUGUCCUCACCACCUCCACCAUCUGCGAGCUUUCCACCACCACCACCUCCACCUCCACCUCCACCUCCACCUUCCGCACUUGCUCCACCACCCCGGCCGCCGCCGCCUCCAGCACCUGCGAGUGCAACUCCACCCCCUCCCCCUCCGCCUCCACCGGGAUCUGGACCUGGUAUGAUUGCGCCUCCACCCCCGCCGCCUCCUCCUGGACUCGGCGCUCCUCCGCCCCCUCCUCCCCCUCCCCCGUCUGGGCCUGGUGGGCCUCCUCCUCCGCCUCCAGGCGCUGGUGCAGCAGCACCAUCGCUACCUAAACCUACCGGUGGCAGAGAUGACUUGAUGGCUGCUAUUAGAGCCAGUGGAGGAAAAGGUGGCGGGGGCUUACGAAAGGUUAAAGACUCAGAGAAGAAAGAUAGGAGCGCAGCUUUUGCUCCAGGGUCUACGAACGAGUCUCCUGCUCCGGCUAGCGGCGGUGGACCGCAAGGAGGCUUGGCAGGUGCUCUGCAGAGCGCGCUCGCUAAAAGGAAGCAGCAAGUCAGCGGUAGCGAUGAUGAGCGAGAUGACGACGAUGAUUGUUCGAGAGCAAAGUAUGCGGAUCAACCGUUAAUCCGCGCUUCCUGGUUUAUCCGCCCGCAGCAGCAGCUCCAACAAACUCAAAAACUCAAGAGAACUGCGUCGCUCAACUGUUUCCAGCGGCUUGAGAGACGGACUUUGCCGCUGAGCCAGAUGUGUACAGAUAUGCUCUCGCGCGCCCCACUUAAACCGUCUGCUCCUUCUGUGUCGUUGCUGCGAUUCCUUCGUUCACAGUCCGACUCUGUACUCUUCACGUCAAGCCCAUCAACGCAUCCCCAUUCUUCCAGAAACCGGCAAUUGUCACAUACCUCAUCUUUGUCGAGCUGGACGCAUCUUAACGCUGCGCCAUGUCGGGCAACUUUGCAAGCUGAAUUCUUCAAAGUACCCAAUCUCCGGUCUAGAUGCCUGAACACGCCCCAGUCUCGACCCUCAGUUUGCCGGAGUCCAAUUGCGAAGCCAUUCUUGACAUCUCUUGAGUCACCGAGACAUUCAUCUACAAAGAGUCGCCCGUUACUACGCAGGCUGUUGGAUUUCAGACGGAAUGGGGCCGCAGGGAAAGCCGACAAGAAAGCCACGACGAACAGCGGGCCGUUUCUCGACGAUGGAACAGGGAAUUUGUUCAAUAUCGGACGUAGUCUGGCGGCGAAAGCAUCGAACGAACUGCGUUUGCGAUGUACUGAGUUUGAUAGCAAUGGGAACGUGACGCUUAUCAACGGGGAAUUCAAAAAGAGCGAGCUGAUUGCGAAGUACGGUCUUCUCCCUAGAGAUCUUCGCAAGAUCGACUCAUCGACUUUGCCUCACAUCCUCGUUCGACCCAGCGCUAUCCUCAUCAAUCUUCUGCACCUUCGAGUUCUUAUCAAGGCGGAUCGGGUACUUGUCUUUGAUGCCUAUGGGUCAACAGGCUCAUAUAUGCAGUCCCUAUUCGUCUACGACUUGGAAGGAAAGCUACGACAGAAGCAACAGGGAGAGGGAUCGCUUCCUUACGAAUUCCGCGCCCUUGAAGCUGUUCUUAUUAGUGUCACAACCGGCUUGGAGGAGGAAUUUAAAGGCGUGCGAGAGCCAGUUGUUCGCGUUCUCAGAGCACUGGAAGAAGAUAUCGACAGGGACAAGCUUAGACACUUGUUGAUAUAUUCCAAGAAACUAGGCUCUUUUGAACAGAAAGCUAGGCUGGUACGGGAUGCAAUCAACGAUCUGCUGGAAGCCGACGAUGACUUGGCCGCCAUGUAUUUGACCGAGAGGGCAAAUGGGGUUCAUCGGGAUGAGGAUGAUCACCAAGAAGUGGAAAUGCUAUUGGAAUCAUACUAUAAGUUCUGCGACGAGAUCGUUGAAGCUAGUGGGAACUUGGUGACGGGCAUCCGCAAUACGGAAGAAGUAAUCAAGGCGAUCCUCGAUGCGAACCGUAACUCUCUCAUGCUUCUCGAUCUGAAGUUCAGCAUUGGCACACUUGGCCUGGCGACAGGGACUCUUUUCUCCGCGUUGUAUGGGAUGAACCUGAAAAACUUCAUUGAGGAGUCCGAUUUCGGAUUUGGAGCUGUCUCCGUGACCUGCUUUGUGAUCUCCGCCGUCGUUUGUGUUUACGGUCUUGCGAAACUGCGUAGAAUCCAACGUGUCCGCAUGUGGGGUGAAGCAGGUGUGGGAGGCUCGCCGAUUACUCCUCUUUCUAUCUCUGGCCCGCGGGCCAACUGGCGAGCCGAUUCUAUCGAGCCUGUUUGGGGCAGCAUCCCCGGUGAAGGACGAGCGGAGCGAAUGAGACGCCUUAAGGAGGGUGCGGCCGCGAGUACCACCGGGUCCUCAGCCAUUGAUGCAGCUGCUGAGAAGGUGUCGAUGAUACAGAGAGCCUCAAAUGAAUCGUCCUCGAGAAAGGAUGAAUCUUCGUCGAAACCUUCAAAGCCUGAAUCUGAGGGGACUGCGCAAGCUACCUCCUGA